CUGGGGUGUGGUUGUCAUGGCAAUGGGGUUGUUUGGGGAGUUAAGAUCAGAACCAGUGUCUAUGGAGGGGUCAGAGCCUGGCAUAGAGGACCAGGCGGGGACUGAUGGGGGCAGACACCAGGCAGGCCAGAGAGCCCACAGGAUGCUGCCUGUGGCUGACUCCAGGAGAGGCAUGCAAGGUGUAGGGUUUGGUCUCUGCUAAGACCUGGCCCAGGCUGGAGGCUCAAACCUGGGCCCAGGACUCUCUUGGCACAUUGUGAGGGAUAGCCCCACACCAUUGUGACCCGUUUACCCCAGGGGACAGGAAGGUGGGCUGGUGGAUACUGUGGGCACAGUGGGCUGGGGGCCUAGGGGCCCUGGUGGCCCUAGGGACCCCCAUGGCCAUGGCUGAGCGGCCACGGCCCGGGUGGGCCUCGUAUCACAACCCUAACACCAACAGCUGCCAGGACCUGGGCAACUCCAUCCUGCUGCUGCUGGGCCUUAUCAUUUGCAUUAACAUUGGCAUCAACAUGGUGACGCUGCUCUGGCGCAGACUCCGUGGCUUCUUACACCAAGUGUUCCGUGUUAUUUGUGAGAAAGAAGCUUCUAAGUUACGCUCACCUGGGAAGCAGACCCAGCCCUCAAAGCAUAGCUCUCCAGCAGUCCACCUACGAUGCACCAUGGACGCUGUGAAGAUGACGGUGACCCCCCCACCCACUCGCCGCCGUCGCCUUCGAGGCUCUUCAUCGCGCCGUGCCCGCCGCCCAGUGGCCUGGGCCCCUGACACUGACGACGAUGGUGACGAGAAGCCCCCACAUCAGCACACAGCGGCCUGCUCCCACAACUGGGACUACCCUGAGGAUUGGGAGGGUUUACAGACUGCCCAGAGGUUCUGGACUCCCUGGGCCCAGGACACCUUGGAGCCUCCUACCCAGACCAUCCGCUUCCAGCAGACUAUAGAGGGAAGGCCCCUCAAGAGAGAGAUGCAGUCUGAUCUGGGCCUAGAGGCCUACGUGUACCCUGUGAAUCCCCCACUCCCCAGCCCUCAGAUCCUGAGCCACAAGAACAGUGGAGGGGGGGCAGGGGCCGGGGCCCAGGCGGAACAGGAGCAGUGCGCACCAGCUGAGCCACCCAUCCUGGGCCCGGCCAAUGUCCCGGACAUCCCCCGGCGCCGCUCCUCAGGGCGCGUCGCCUACGAUGCCAGGGACGUAAGGCGGCGGCUGCGGGAGCUGACCAGGGAGGUGGAGGCCCUGUCUCACUGUUACCCUCUGGCCUCUGGAUCCAGCACAGCUGAGGGGACGAGAAAGGACUGGGUAUACCAUUCCCUGACAGAGAGGUGACUGGGAGAAGAAUAAAAAAAAGAGAGGA